AUGGCGCAAAGGUGGUUCCCGUUCAGCAAAUUUCAUCCAGGCUCGGUGUAUGAAUUUCAAGUGCCAACAGCGACUCAAUGGAAGAUCGAUGACAAGCUCUCUCAAGGUCAAAACCAGCGAGAAAAAGCUGAUUCCCGCCAUCCCGCCUUAAACCCCUCAUCCGCAGCAACAACGUUCCGUGUCCAAGGCCUUAGUCGAAACGGUAGAGUCGCGUACAUGCGAGUGAUUCUUCAAAUCCCACAUCUUGAGACUGAAUAUGAGUCUCCCGACAUCCGCCGCCAACAAGCUACCCUCUGCUAUUCCGGUGAACUUGAGGCGUACAAGAAGUUUCACGCCCAAAAUGCCGAAAUGACACCCUCACUCCUCGCAAUCAAAGAAGAAGCUCAAAAGGAUGACGGCUUUGUUCCAGGGGGCUUCGUGGUUUUCGUGGUCUAUGAGAAAGUACCCGGAAUACGCCUGGCUGAGGAUGACACAUGUUAUCCUGGAUUACCGCUACACACGGUUUUCACAAAGUUUAACCGCGCUGAACGGGACAAAAUACGCGAAAAGUUCAAUGAAGUGUACCCUGCCUUUGCGGAAAUGGAUCACUACCCGUUUACAACCUGGGCGCACCAUCUGGUAUGGGACUCUUCCUCGGCAAGACUGUAUUUUAUCGACUUCAGAGGGGCACACUCUCUUUACGAAGCACUUGAUGAACGUCCUAUUCACCACAAGGGAGAGUUGAUCACACACGUAGAGAAGGGGGCAAAAUCUGACCACUGGGAAGCGUGGGGGCUUGCCAUCCCCCCCGAGAACUUGAAGGAGCGAGGUAGACUUUCCGCGUGGACACUGUGA